AUGGAGAAAUCCAAAAACUUUCGCAUUGACGCGCUUUUAGCAGUCGAUACACCCAAAGUGCAGACCUCUCCGCUUGCGCUUGUGACUUCCCUGUCUUCCUCCUCCUCCAUCCCGACGUCUGGAAGUGGUGCAGUCCCUGAGUUGACGACCAGCGGCGAGUCUUUACGCACCGAGACGCCGUCUCCACCGAGGAUUUCCACAUGCGGCUUGAUUCCUAAACCCGGUUUCCUUAACAGUCCGCACAGUAUGAUUGGAUUACAUCCGCAGAGUACAGCAGGGAUCCCCGCACAAGCUCUCUACGGCCAUCCCAUGUACACCUACUCCACAGCUGCCCUCACAGGCCAACACCCUGCCCUGUCCUACCCUUACCCACACGCCUCCCAUCACCAUCACACCAGUGAUCCCAUCAAACUGACAGCCAGCACCUUCCAGCUGGACCACUGGCUGCGGGUCUCCACAGCCGGGAUGAUGCUGCCCAAAAUGUCUGACUUUAAUUCUCAGGCGCAGUCCAACUUGCUUGGCAAGUGCAGAAGACCAAGAACUGCAUUCACGAGUCAGCAGCUGCUGGAGCUGGAGCAUCAGUUCAAACUGAAUAAAUAUCUGUCAAGACCCAAACGAUUUGAAGUGGCGACGUCCCUCAUGCUGACGGAAACUCAGGUUAAAAUCUGGUUCCAGAACAGACGUAUGAAGUGGAAGAGAAGUAAGAAGGCCAAAGAGCAAGCCGCCCAGGAGGCCGAGAAGCAGAAAGGCUCCAAGAACGGCCAAGAGAAAUCGGACGGACUCGAACAGUCGGAUUAUCACAGUAAGACAGACUCAAAAAAUGCCAGGAUAAGAGAUUUCAGAGACAGUGAUGACGACGAGGGCGACAAUUUCCUGUACAACUCUUCGGACUGCUCUUCAGACGACGAGAGGAAUCACACCAGUGACACAAGUCCGCAGACUUAA